AUGAACUACAACUUUGUGGCCAUCCUAUUGUUUGUGCUCCCUACUGCACAGUACGAGUUUGUUUGCGUGUACGAUAUGUGCACCAUAUCCAACAUAAACAUACCUUUCGAUGGAUUGUACGCAUUUUCAUUCAUCACCAACCACACAGACGCACUGAUUUUGAAGAGUGCUACUGGAAAGCGGAUGGAUUUUACCUUCCUCCAAAACAUCCCAACGCUCAGGGAAAUUGUGCUGGAAGACUGUAAAUUUGAGGAAAUUGUUAUACACCAACUUAAACCACCAGCAUCGUUAAUGUUGCGGCACGUUUCUCUAAAGCAAAUUCUAUUUCACCCCAGUGUAAAUGCGCUCACUCAUGUCAAACUGUGCGGUGUUCCCUUCACCGUUAUCCCACAAUCGGUGCUACAGUUGCAGCAGCUAGUAGACCUGGAACAGUCUCGAUCGCCGAUGCGCCAACUUCAUCUAACUGCCCUAAGGAAGCUGCCAAAUCUCGUGAAUCUUAAUUUAUCAUAUAAUAAGAUACAGACCGUAGUAAUCGAUACUUCUGGUGACUGUUGUGGACAGUUGCAGAGUCUUAAUUUGGUAGGCAAUGUGUUAGUACACUUCAACUUCGGAAUGUUAUUUCAUCUGCAACAACUUGAGCGCGUAUUUCUUGGCCACAAUCGUAUUGCAACUUUGAGCACAGCAGUGAGCCACAAUUACUCACCCAAAAGACAGUUCUGUUCGUGGAGAAACUAUUACCAAGUGAAGAUCGAAGACAACAUAACAAUUCCAGAGCCUCCAUGCAAUGAUUACUUUGCCAAGCUUAAUACAAUCACGCUAAACCACAACAAACUCGCCAAAAUCGAUUUGAGUACGUUUGAACGCAUGAAUGUGCUCGAAGACCUUGACUUAGCAUUUAACGACCUUAAAGUUAUAACUCUAGCUAAAGGCAAAGUACCGAUAUCGUUGAACAUUAGCAUGCUUAAAGGCAAUCGAGGGUAUUUACACGACUUACCUCCUGAUGUAUUUUCUGGAAUGACGUAA